AUGCUCGGUCUCUCGUGGCUCCGGCGCCGGCCGCUCUCGAACGGUGGAGGGGGCGACGCAGCGCGACCGCGCUCGCCAGCUACCACUACGGCGGCUGUGCCCACAGCACCCGCCGCGUCGCUGAGUGAAGACUGCGCCAUGAUCUCGGCGGCAAUCAUGGCGCGGACAGCUGUUCGACGGCGUGAAGGCCGCGUGCGGCUCGCUCGUUGCCUCCGCGAUGCGGUCGCGGCUGAGAUGCGGCAGCGUGCGAGUCGCCUCCAGGUCGUGCGAGCCAAUGCCUGCCUGCGUGCAGAGCGGCAGAAGGCUUGCCGGGAGCUUCUCGACGUGCCGCUCUUGCUUCUGGCUGCUCCCAGCGACGACGUGCUCGCUGCGAGCGAGCACGCAAAGGAGAUGGACGUCAGCGGCUUUGACUUCGCCGCGAGCGACCACGCGCUGCACGCCCUUCGUGGCGACUGCCGCGACUGCGUCACACGCCUGACUCAUGUUCUCGACGCUGCGGAGCGCGGGUCGAAACGGCGGGUUGACAAGAUCGCGGAAGAUGAGGCGGCAGCUGCGGCGGUCGUGGCAGCCAAGGCCCAGGCAGACGAGGUGGCACGCCUGGCCGAGACGCGAGCACGUUCGGCGACCCUGGCUGCCGAGAUUCGUGAGUCACGGGCGCGAGAUGCCGAGGCGCGCGCGCUGGCGAGGUUGGCAGAGGUCAAUGCGCUGCUCUCGACCAACCACAUCAGCCCCAAAGCCAAACGCCACAAGGGCGUCAUCCCAGCGAGGCCGCGGCCACCGACCAACAACGGCCAUCUGGGGCGAGCCAUGUACGCUUCGAAGUUGGCGCAUCGGCGGUCAAACGCGGAGUUCGAUAUCUUUUCUGACUUGUGA